CCACGUUUGUAUAACUUGAAUUCAAACAGUGGUCAUUAUUAAAAAGGUAUUAUUGUUAUUUAUUGAUUUCUUUUUAAAGAUAGGAAACAUUUGAUGGAGUUUUCCCCUAAGCGUUUUGUAGUAUCUUAGCUGAAGCAAUAACACAAGAAAACUAAGACAAACGCAAUUCGAAAGACAAUGAACAGCCAGAAGUUUUGUCUGAAGUGGGACCAUUUCCGGACGAGUGUGACGUCCGUGUUCAACCACCUGCGGCGGGACGGUGAGCUGGUGGACAUCACUCUCUGCUGCGAGGGACAGCGCGUCAAGGCACACAGGAUGAUGCUGUCGGCCUGCAGCCCCUACUUCAGGGAGCUGCUCAAGGAGAACCCGUGCCAGCACCCGGUGUUUUUCCUGAAGGACACCUCGGCCGAGGACCUGCGCGCCGUGAUCGAGUUCGUCUACAACGGCGAGGUGAACGUGGCACAGGGUCAGCUGGCCAGCUUCAUCAAGACGGCCGAGAUGCUGCAGAUCAGGGGGCUCAGCGGCGAGGACGAGGACGGCGCCGCGGGCCCAGUGUCAGGCGGGACGCCCGCAGCGGACCGGCGGCCGCCGCCGGCCGCGCCGCCCGAGCGGCCGCGCUCGCCGCCGUCCAAACGCCGCCGCCGCUCGGGCUCGCCGCCCGAGUCUGCCGCCCCCGCCCCCGCCCCGGCCGGGCCGCCGCCGGUGCCACGGUCCCAGCCGCCGCCGCCGCCGCCGCCGAGCCAGCCGGACGAGAUCACCGUGUCGGACCACUCGCCCGUCAAUGUGAAGGUGGAGGCCGACCUGGCCAAGACGGAGGAUGACCCCAGCCUGGAGGCGGCGCUGGGCCGGGUGGUGUACAACGAAUCGGACGCCGAGCUGACCUCGCUCACCGCCGACGACUCGCUCGGCGAGGCGGGUCCGUCGGGUGGACUGUCGGCCGAGCGCAGCAUGCAGGGUCACUGGCCGCCGCGGCCUCUGGGAGUGGGCGGCCUGCCGCUGCCACUGCCGCUCUGGCCGCCGCCGACCACCACCGCCAGCCUGGCCUGCGACCGGUGCGGCCGCACGUACGCCAGCCGCGACUCCCUGCGGCACCACCUGGAGACGCACGAGGGCAAGACGCUCUGCUCGUUCUGCGGCAAACGGUUCGCCACCAUCAGCAGCCGCAACCACCAUGUGCGCAGUGUGCACGCCGAGGCGCCGCCCAGCGUGCACGACGCCAGACACUGAGAGGGGCAGCACAGUGGCGCGUGGGCGCUGACGACCGACGCUGUCCGGGCGCCCUCGGAAUGAGCCACCAUCGCUGUCAUCGGUGUGUGCGCGGCGCCAGACAUCAAAGUUGGCCUCCUGGACUGGUGUACGGUGAACGGUGGUGGUGGGGGACAACAGCUUUUGGCAGCUUACUGGGCGCAGGCACAUGAGAAUGGUGAUUGGUGUUCAUAGGUAGUUGGAUACUGUUUUGUCGCGGUAAAGGCGGAUCAUUUUCUCAAAGCGUUGUGAAUGGAUUGGUGGGGAUUGCGGCGGCGCCUGAUUUGUACAAGACGCCGAGACGGUCAUGAUACGCUUCCGACUGCGUGUCAAACCCAGGAAGGCUGCUGAUCAUGCUGGAUCUUUUUAUCCAAUUCAAUUGAGACGCUAUUCUGUUAUGCCUAAAUCUCACUUUAGCUUAUAGGUAUGCGUGUUAGUGGUAUGUGACUGUCAGCAUAGUAAGCGACUAGUGUGGAAUUACCAAAGUCAAUGCCAUAUGAACUUCUUGCUUAAACGCGUGGGUCAUUUGCCAUGAUCAUUGACCGAUCAUACCAUUGAAACCUGCGGUUUUUAGACUUCUUGUACAUGUUUUGGUGUGAAGUGCCGCUAUGAUGUGACGAUGCCAUCAGUAAAACGCGUUGUUUGUCACCAUGCUGUAUGAUCGGUCGUCGCUGGUUUACCAUGCUUCUCAUAUUGUGCUAAGAUAUCGGAGAAAUUUUCACUAAGCACACAAGCUCUUUCCAUGUUCAAUACACGCUGUUUGCUAAU